AUGGUUCAUUCAAGCUACUGGCUGGUUGCAUCCCUAGCCGUUUCGGCUUCCGCUUUCCAUUUUCCUGGCAGACGUCGUUUGCAAGAGAAUCCAGAGGGCUUGCUUCCAAGCAACGAUCCGUUCUAUGCCGUUCCACACGACAUAGACUCAUUCUUACCAGGAGAAAUUAUAAACUAUAGGGAACCACCUUCGGAAAUCAUCACCUAUGGAUGGGUGCCAACGCAUUUGAAGCAAGCUUACCAGAUUCUCUAUCGGACAACCAACAGUCUACAGCAGCCUACCGCCACUGUCUUGACGGUUCUCAUUCCGCCGGACGCUGACUAUGACAAGGUCUUAUCUUUGCAAAUGGCUGAGGAUUCUACUACCAUUGAUUGCGGCCCGUCGUAUACAAUGCAACGUCUAGCGCAGCAGAGCACGCUUCACGGCUCCAACAUCACUCAGCUGCAGCUACUUUUCGCGGAAACGGCACUGGCUCGUAAAUGGGUUGUUAUAGUACCAGACUACGAAGGCCCAGACGCAGCAUACACUGCAAGCAAAAUAACGGCUUAUUCGAUUCUAGACGGAAUCCGGGCAGCAAAACACUCUGGUCAUAUCACUGGCAUUGCAUCGGAUCCCAUGGUUGGAGUAUGGGGCUAUUCUGGGGGUGCGUCUGCCACCCAGGUAGCCCUUCAAUUGCAAGAGUCCUAUGCGCCCGAGCUUGAAAUUGUAGGUGCUGCGAUGGGAGGCCUGUCGGGACUCUCAAAAGCGAGCGAAAUUUUCGUUCUCAAUAAAGGGCAGAGUUCGGCUCUCAUUCCGUCGGCAAUGAUUGGCUUGUCCAGCCAGUACCAAGAGCUCAAAGAUCACAUUUACUCGUCAUUAAAACCCCAGUUUCGAGAUCUCUUCUACAGCCCGUUGCGCAUGUGCUUGCAGGAAAGCUCCUUGAGACUCUCAUUUCAGGAUAUCUUGGGCAUGUUUGGUACCGAUUCAUUGCCGGGACUGAUCGAAGACGUGGACAGGGUCUUCCAAAUAGAGAACACGCACCCACCAACCACGAUAAAAGCUCCUUUGUACAUAUACCAGAGUGUUAAUGAUCAUCUAUCCGACGUCGACAAGAUAGAUGCGCUGGUACGAGGCUAUUGCGAGCAGGGGACCACAGUUCACUAUGAGCGAGCCAAUUCGCCAAACCUGAAUCACGUCACGUAUGGAUUGGUAGCGAUACCUAAUGCGCUAUUAUGGAUGCAAGAUCGGCUUGGUGGGAAAAAAGUCACUGAGGGCUGUGAGUGGCAUACAGAUACGACUUCGAAGCUUGAACCGUCGCUCUUAGCUUUGUUUCCCAAGAAUAUUAGCGAUACCUUAGAGUGGUAUGUGAAUAGAUCUUCAUAA